AUUGUGCCUUUUCGCUUCCGAUAUAAAUAGGUAGUCGGGUUCUUGUAGGACAGGUAAUCAGUUCCCACCUGCUGUUCGUUCGGUGCUCGUCUGAUCGAACUAAAAAAAGUGCUAAGUUUCCAAAGUGAAGUUGAUUUGUGAUGGCACGUCGACUGGUGCUGACACUGCUGGCCACGUGGCUUGCACUGGCCCAAUCCGGGCUGAUUCUGCGGGACGAAAACGAGGUGGAUGGUGAGGGCGACGCCGAGGAUGAGAUCGACCUGUCCCAUCUGGGGAUGGGUAUUUACGGUGAGCCGGACGAGUCGGUGGGUGAGCGCGUUAGUCAGUACAAUCCGGAAACGGAUUCCGUCAAUCCGGAAGAGCUGGGAACGUACGUCGACGGGGACAUACUGAUAGCGCGACCGGCCGGACGGAAUGGGCUGGCGGACAAGAGUACCCGCUGGCCGGGAGCUGUGGUGCCGUUUGUGAUCAGUGGAGACUUCCGAGCAAACGAGAUGCAGCUGAUCGAGGAUGCCUUCAACGAGUACCACAAGAAGACCUGCGUCAAGUUCAAACCAAGAAUGGGCGAGAAGGACUACAUUUCGAUUGAAAGCAGCAAAAGUGGCUGCUGGUCCAGCGUGGGCCGGAUCGGAGGCCGCCAGGAGGUCAAUCUGCAAAUCCCCGGCUGCACGACGAAGGUCGGUACGAUCGUGCACGAGCUGAUGCAUGCGGUCGGGUUCCUGCACGAACAGAACCGCUCCGAGCGGGAUGACUGGGUUAAGAUUCAAACGCAGAACAUCCAGCGUGGAACGGAGACCAAUUUUCUCAAGGCCAAGAGCGGCACCACGGAUGCGUUCGGGGUGAAGUACGACUACGGCAGCGUGAUGCACUACUCGGCCACGGCAUUCUCGUCCAAUGGGCAGCCGACGAUCAUUGCUAAGAAAUCGGGCGGAAAUCGGAUGGGCCAGCGGAACGGUUUUUCCCAGGGCGACAUUGAUAAAAUCAACAAAAUGUACGGAUGCAAAGGAGUCACCGGAGGAGCGCUGGUCUCCACGAAACCAACACGACCGGCUAGACCGGUUAAGAAACCUGCUGGAAAUGGACCGACCGGAGCACAGGUGGUCGGUUUCAUCGGGAAUUUGAUCGGAGCUGCCUUUGGAGAUAACGAAACCGAGAGCGCUUUGUAGGAUUAGUCGUUAAAGCUUAAUUCCUCUUUGAAACUAAAGAGAUCAAACAACUUUCUACCUCAUUGAAACGGAACAAACUAAUAAACUAAUUGCCAAGAACAAAGAUUAGUAAAAUUAUUUGUUUUAUUUUUUCUCUCUCUC